ACAAAUGCCCAUGCCAAAGCCAAAGCAAAUGACCAUGCCAAUGCCUGUUGCCAAUGGGGAUGGAAAGGUGGAGUGGAUUCCGAGUCGGAUGGUGAUGGUGGUGUACUGAGGAACAGAAAAACAAAAAGCCAACGACUGAUAAUUUCAAGCCCUUUCCCCACCGUUUCCAGCAAACGCCCAAGAGUAUGCGGUCUUGUACUCGACCACACGAUAUUAACAGCUCUCUUCCACACGCCGUCUGCCAUUACAGUAAUGCCAAGUGGAUUGCUUCCUUCAAGUAUUUGUCGAAGGAAGGAAAGCAAAAUCCAGAGCUCACAAGAGGGUCGAGCCGAGGACGAAGCGAGAUGAGUAAGGCUCGUAGAGAGAACAAAAGCAAGGUCGAGGCGACGCGAAGGGUCAGGGUAACAAUACAUCGUACAAGCUUUACGAAGGUGCGGAGGGAAAUAGCAGGACGAAUGAUGCCUUCAUAGGAAUAAAAGGAAGGCGAGUGCAAAUGCUCCCUC